UCCUGCACCUUGCGGUCUUAUUUUGUUGAAACACAACAGCGAACCAAUAGGCGCUGUAGCGUCAAGUUUGUCCAGUGAACAUUAAAUCUUACCAGGUAUGCUAGCUGCUACCUUUUGUAAUCAUGGAAUCAGUUUCGACAAAUGCAGAGAUUCGACUAACGGUGGCCCAGUCUUUCCGGACUCUCACUUCAUCCACGGACUGCAAAGACAUUAUUGCCACUCUCCAGGCCCUCGUGUCAUAUUUGGACGAUGGAGCAGAGAGUAAAACCACAUCAGCUGAGCGGGAAGAGUUCAGGAGAGCUCACUACAGUCGCACUCUUCAGUUCCUGGUCAGCAACAUCCAGGCAGACUGGCUGUGGAGCCUCUCAGCCGCACAUCGCGCAGAGUUGUGGGAUAAUUGGUUUCUUAAAGGCCCUCCUGAUCAGGCGCUGUUAGUGCUGAUGGAUGCAAUAACCGAACUGAGACCAUCGACAAGUCUGGACCACCUGGUCGGUAUCACUGAGAAGUUCCUUCAGAGUGGCCGUCUUGCUGAGCUGCUGUGGUCUUACUGUGUGCAGUCAGCUUCCUCAGACUCCCCGCAGCUCAGAGAGACUCUGCUGGGUCGAAUAAGCGCGCUCCCAGAYAUCAUGGCCAACAAGUUACAUCCCGACAUCAGACCUUGUUUCCUCCCUCAGCAGUACUACCCACUGCUGGCCUCAGAGAUGCUCGCUGCGCUGGAGAGAACCUGCCACGCCCUCAGAGAUGGCACUGACUGUUCUUUGAGUUUUGUGGCUCAAACACUUGGAAAAGUGUGUAUCCAGGGGCACAGUGGCUCAGUUCUGGCGCUGAUGGCUCCCAGACUGUGUGUGUGCACGCGCUCAGACAUGCUGUGGCGGAGGGUUUGCUGGAAGCUGCUGGAGAGCGUUCCUCAGCGGUGGAUGGAGAGUGUUCUCACGGGGCUGGUGCAGGCUGUCCGCGGACCUGACACUUUGGGACGAAUCAUUGGAAAUCUUGUGUUGACCAAUAAAAAAGCUCAGUUUGUCAUGACUCACAAACUGCUGUUACUACAAUAUAAAUACGAGACUCCAGCCUUGAGAACUGUACUGGGUUACCUCGCUGCAGACAGGGAUCGAAGGCCACUUCUCAUUCAGGCUAUACGGUCUUUGUCGCAGGCCUGGGCUAACCCCAGUGCCAUCAGACACACUCCUCUAGAGCAGCAGCUUUAUGUGAGUAAAGCCUUGCUGCUGAGUGUGAGUCUGCUGAAGGACUCUGAGCUGCAGGAGCUGCGUUCAGAGCUCCUUCAGUGUAUGCUGGGUGGCAUGCAGAGCCACCUGGACAGCAGUGUGCCGCGGGUCAGAAAGAUGGGCAUGGUGGUUGGAGAGUGUCUGAGCUCCCGGAUGGAUUUCAAAGGAGCUGCUCUUAAAUUUGAGUACGAACCGGACGAAGAAACUCGAGAGCUGCUGUCUCUCAUAACUCCUGACACAUGUGAUGAACCAGAGCCUGAGCCUGGAAACGGGCGUGACUCUCCUGAGAGCGUGAGUCAAACCUCGACAUCUCCUCAGAACGUAACGUCACAAAGUCAACCAGGUGGAACAGGUCCAGGCUCAGAUCUCGACAGUGACGACGACUUCACGCCGUACGAUAUGUCUGCAGAUCAGGAGACGGGUCGGGCGUCCCCACCUCGGUACCUUCGAGACUGCCUGGAAACUUUAACGUCGUCCGAGGACGCCGAGCGUGUGGAGCUCAGUUUGAGAGCUGCUGAGAGUUUGGUGAGGACGAAUGUCUUCGCUGCCAGGGAGAUUAGCGUGCAGAUGACCAAAGUGCUUCUUCACAUGGAGGAUAAAUACAGAAUCAGUGGCUUCCUGCGUCUCAGACAGACGACGAUGGUGGCUCUCGCGGUCACUGCCUGCAUUCCUGUUACGCAGUAUUUGACAACAGAGUUUUACUCCUUGAACUACAGUCUCCGCCAGCGGUUGGACAUUUUGGAGGUUCUUGCUCUGGCAGCUCAAGAGCUCUCUGCACCGAUCUCCGACAAGAACGUUUCCUCCUCUGGCGGUCGCACCAGCGCCGAGUUAAGUCUGCACCAGAGUGACGAUCCAGCUCACUGGAGACAAGUCGUAGAGAAGCGGAUUCAGAGCAAGACGAAACGCAUCUCAAAGAUGUGGCUGAAGGAGACCCCGAUGAAGACUGCAGGAGUUUAGCUGUGCAGAGCCUGGUGCUGCUGGAUAAAAGUCUGAAGAAGCAACUAGAAGAUCAGCAGGCACUGAGCCUGGAGUCAUGAUCGCAACACAAAAUGCUGCAAAAAGACACUUCUUAAAGACAGAUUAGUCUUAUGAAGGCUGAAGUAUUAUUGAUGGGGAAGAUAUGCCUCAGAAAUUCAGCUGGUACAAACUGGGUCUGUCAGGAGUGGAUGAUCCCAAUUAUCCACCGAAGGAUGUCCUUUGAGCUCAGCAGCUACUGUUUCAGGCACUUUGUGUUUUUUUUAAACACAUCCUGUAACAUUCUGCAAGCCACAGGAAGAAAGAUCUAUUAAUUAAUUAUUUUUUUCCACACAGAAUUGCUCAUAAUAAUAAAUGUCCUAAUUUUAAAUGGUAAAUAAUGAGGUGAAUGUUCUGUGCUUUUACAGUUAAUGGAGAUACAGUAUUAUCAGUAGUUUUGUUAUGGGUUUAUUUCUACAUUCAUACAUUAAAAUAUAAAAAAUAAUAA